AUGUCCGACUCAAAUAUUAAGGCGCAGGAUGGGGUGGCCGAGACCGCGACGGACCCGACGUUUGCCGCAGAUGAGAAGAAACUUUUGCGCAAGCUUGAUUUACACAUAAUACCUCUUGUUAUGCUCCUUUACACAUUUAGUUUCUUGGACCGUGUGAACAUUGGUAAUGCACGUCUUUACGGUUUAGAGACAGAUCUUGGGCUGGUAGGGAAUCAGUUCCAAGUAGCUGUCUCUAUCUUCUUCGUCACGUACCUAUUCUUUGAAGUGCCUUCAAACUUAGUACUAAAACCCUUGACGCCUUCUCGAUAUAUCGCUUUCAUCGCUUUCGGCUGGGGAAUUAUUGCAACGUGUACGGGGUUUGUUCAUAGUUAUGGAGCACUCAUUGCCGUGCGUGUAAUCCUUGGUGUUGUCGAGGCUGGACUCUUCCCGGGGCUAAACGUUUAUCUAACGUUCUUCUAUACGAAGCAAGAACUUGCUCUUCGUGUCGGUUACCUCUUCGUUAGCGCCGCUAUUGCAGGUGCUUUGGGCGGAUUAUUAGCUUAUGGCAUUGGCCAGAUGGAUGGAAUUUCUGGGUAUAAGGGGUGGAGAUGGAUAUUUAUCAUCGAAGGUCUCCCGAGUAUCGUCCUAGGUGUCAUUGCCUUCUUUUUCCUCCCCAACGAUAUCGAUCAUGCCUACUUCUUGACCCCCGAGGAGAAGAAAUUAGCGAAUGAGCGACACUUCCGCCACUACGGGUCCACCGAGAGCGCGCAAAAGUUUAGCAAAACCGACAUGUUAGCUGCAUUUAAGGAUUGGAAGGUUUGGAUGUUCUGUCUCGGCCAAUUCGGCGUAGACACUUUACUUUAUGGCUACUCUACGUUCUUGCCAACGAUUAUCCGUGGUUUAGGACAGUGGUCGACUGCAGAGAUCCAGUUGCUCACUAUUCCGUGCUAUUUCGUUGGCGCUAUGACUUAUAUGGGAAUCGCAUUUUUAUCGGAUCGAAUGCAGAUGCGCGGCCUCUUCACUGUGGCUUUUGGUGUUGUUAGCGUUGUUGGAUAUGGUGUGCUGCUCUCGAACUCAUCGGCUGGCGUCCAUUAUUUUGGUUGUUUCCUAGUCGCUACUGGACUUUAUGUCACAGUUGGUUUACCACUGGCUUGGCUACCGAGUAAUACGCCGCGAUAUGGCAAGCGCACGACAGCCAAUGGCAUGCAACUCACUUCAGGUAAUGCUGCUGGCAUCAUGUCAUCAUUUAUCUAUCCUAGUGCUGAUGGACCACGUUACAUUGUGGGAAAUGCCGUCUCUCUAUCUUUGGUAGGUAUGGCAGCUUGUCUUUUCGGGUUCUUGUGGUAUUGGUUCGAUAGAGAGAACAAGAAACGUGCCGAGGGACCUCUUGCGCCAGCACAUGAGAACUUAUCUGAAGAUGAACUUGCCGAACUUGGUGAUGAAAGUCCGAGAUAUAAGUAUACUAUUUAA